AUGGCCAUCAAACCACCCCAGAAUGAAACCAACCGCCUACUACUCGUCAGCGUGCCCCGCACAGCCUCAAACCUCCUCCUAAAAGUCCUCAACAUCGCCAACCAACCCAACGUCCUAAGCAGCCCCAAAGGCGGCUACUUCUUCCUCGACGCCUUCCUAGCCACCGGACAAAAAGGCCGACUAGACAAGGCCCUUGCGCAAUGGACCGAAACCGACAAACACGAAGUCCAAAAUGCCUUCCAAGCCAGCAUCGACACCCUAGAAGCCUACUCCGCUCGCGCUUGCGCCGAGAACAAAAUCCUGUUCGCCAAAGAACACGCCUUCUGGAUCACCAACCCCGGCGUCUUCACCAGCAUGCGCCACGGAGGCGACGAAGAAGAGGAUAAAAAGUCCUUCCACAUCACCUUGCCGGAGAGCUAUGGCGCGCCGACCUUCUCGGCGCACAAUGAUACCAUUCUUCCGGAUCAGUAUCUGCGCACAUGGAAGAUGGCGUUCAUCAUCCGCCACCCGGCCCUGGCGUGGCCUUCUCUGUACCGCGCUAUGCAGAAUCUCUCGACGGUGGGCAUCAUCGAUGAAGACGGGGUUGAAGGCGUCAGUGCGUCGAACAUGAGUAUGACGUGGACGCGUCGGCUCUUCGAUUGGGCGAUGGAGCAGCCGGAUGCGCCUACUCAGCCCUUGGUCAUCGACGCUAAUGAUGUUAUUCACAAUCCGGCUGCUGUUUUGCGGUUCUGUGAGCUUGCUGGGCUUGAUCCUGCCUGUGUACAGUUUGAGUGGGGGGCUGGUGGAAAGAAGUUGGAGAAUGUGGCUGUGGGUGGUGAUGGUGCGAUGGAUGCGGAUACGCUGAAGAGGGAGGAGACGGCUGCUGCUGUUAUGUUGGCUACGCUUGAGAAGUCUUCUGGUGUUAUUAAGGACAAGCAACCUUCCGAUGUUGACGUUGAGGUUGAGGUUGCGAAGUGGAAGGUAGAGUUUGGGGAUAAGGUUGCUGCUAUGCUGGAGAAGGCUACGAGGGAUUCUAUGGAUGAUUAUGAGUAUUUGAAGGCUCGGAGGGUUAUGGUCUAG